AUGAAAAAUAAUGGAGACGUCAAGGAGUACAUGAAGAAUGUGGAGAUGCGGUUGACAAAGGAAGACAUUCGAGUACAGCUGGUUCUGUUUGGAUGCACCAGAAGACCCUCGAUAGAUUGCUUGGAGAAAAUAAUGAUCACCAAUCAAAUCGACUUCAUUCAAAGUUAUUUCGGACAACUUUUAGAGAAGAAAAGCGAUGAUGAUCUGUUGAGGAUGUUCCGUUUGUGCUCCAGAAUCCGCGAUUGA